AUUGAACCGCCCUCUCUUUCUCUCUCUCUCUCUCUUUUCUUUCUCUCGCAAUCUCCAAACGCAGAGUCUCAGCCUCACCUCUCCUUCGAUCCCUCUUCGGUCUUGGUUUAUGAGCUCGAAGGAGAGACCCACUCUCGGUGGCACGCGGAUUAAGACCCGCAAACGGAAUAUUGCAGCGCCGCUGGACCCUGCAACAUUUGCAGAUGCAGUGGUCCAGAUUUAUCUGGAUAAUGCUGGUGAUCUGGAACUUAUCGCUAGAAGCAUUGAAUCUUCAGACCUUAACUUCUCUAGAUACGGUGACACCUUUUUUGAGGUUGUCUUCACCGGAGGUCGCACACAACCUGGCACAACAAAGUCUGAUGAGGGGGAGCGCCAUCCUUACUCUAUAAUUGAUUGUGAACCUAAUCGUGUAGCUGUUUUACCAUCUGUAAUCUACAUACAGAAGAUUUUAAGGCGGAGGCCAUUUCUCAUAAAGAAUCUUGAAAAUGUCAUGCGAAGAUUCCUCCAGUCAUUGGAGCUUUUUGAGGAAAAUGAGAGGAAGAAGCUGGCUAUUUUCACAGCACUUACAUUCUCUCAGAAGCUAUCUGGGCUUCCACCAGAGACAGUGCUCCAACCACUGCUCAAGGAUAAUCUUGUCGCCAAAGGGCUAGUUCUCUCUUUUAUAACAGACUUCUUCAAGGAAUAUCUGGUUGAUAAUAGCCUUGAUGACUUGAUUUCCCUCCUGAAAAGGGGAAAAAUGGAGGACAAUCUUCUUAUCUUCUUCCCUUCUGCUAAGCGUUCUGCUGAAGGUUUCUCUGAGCAUUUCACCAAAGAAGGGCUGGUCCCCUUGGUUGAAUACAAUGAAAAGAAGAUCUUUGAGGUGAAACUGAAGGAAAUGAAAUCUGCAUUAACAACCCAGAUUGCCGAUGAUACUGAUAUAUCUGAAGUAAUAGAAACUGUGAAACAACGAGUUAAAGAUGCUAAGCUACCAGACAUUGAGGUUGUGCGAAUCUUGUGGGAUGUCAUAAUGGAUGCAGUUCAGUGGUCUGGGAAAAACCAGCAGCAGAAUGCCAAUGCAGCUCUCCGCCAGGUGAAAGCAUGGGCAAAACUUCUGAACACCUUCUGCACCAAUGGGAAGCUCGAACUAGAGCUGUUGUACAAAGUUCAGAUCCAAUGCUAUGAGGAUGCCAAGCUGAUGAAGUUGUUUCCUGAAAUUGUGAGGUCUCUCUAUGACCAAGAUGUGCUUGCUGAAGACACCAUUCUUGUCUGGUUCCGCAGGGGAACAAACUCUAAGGGCCGGCAAACUUUCGUGAAGGCACUGGAGCCCUUUGUGAAUUGGCUGGAGGAGGCCGAGGAAGAAGAAUAAGUGCAGCAUGCUGCAAUCUACCUCGCUUCUCUUUCUACUAUCCAUUACUGAGAUACUAAAAAUUUCCAUAUCAUCUGGUGUGUGUUUGAUGAUAUGAUGACUUAUGAUGAUGAUGAUGUUCAAACCUUAAUGCUUUUAAUAUCUGCAAUAAUCGACUAAACUUUGUGUCUUA